AUGUCUGACUACUACCUACUCACGCAAAACAAUGUUUGGCUUCUAAACGAGCAAAUGACGAACGUUCAUGACGGGCUCUCCCUCGAAUGGGCUCUCACCACGAGCAGCGAUAGCUCGUUCCAAGAAAGAGCUCUCGUGUACUUCUCCAGCCGAGGAAGUCAAGGCAUACCACUCCUCGAUCUGUCGAAGUUGGAUAAUGCAGAUGACCCCGCAUUUUCGGCGGAAAGUAUAGGGACACCAGGCAAAGUACAAAAGGUCCAGAUACGGUUCAUUGUACGUGAGUAUCAUGUAAGAUCUCCAGACAAAAUGGUGACCCUCUUCGAGCCGACCGGCUGUGUCGACAUAUGUUCAACAUAUGUGCCCCGUCAAGUUACCAUCAAAACUAGGACGAAUGUGGUCACCACAAAGAGACUAGCGGAGUUCGUGCAGAAGGAGAUACGUGAAGUCUACGAGCGAUUCGCCGUCAGCAACGGAUCGGAGAAAAUACUGGGAGAGCAGAGAAUCAAGUUGGUUGACAUUUUCCUGGUCGGGAUCAAGCUGGUGUCAAAGGGUAGUAUAGAGCCCAUCCUGGAGUAUGAGCCUCGAAGCUCACGUUAG